AUGGAUUACUACAACCUUUUCAUCGCACUGAUCUUCCUUGCCACCUUCCUGCUUAUUAUCGUUACGGGCUACAUUGUCAAUCACCACUUUCGGCGCGACCGCAAGCCUCAAGUCGAUAUCGAAAACGAUCCGCCCGAGCAUCAACGAUCCCGUCCGGCGACCGUGCGGGAGCACUACGAUGAAGAACAGCGGCUCUCACACCUUACGACUGUUGCGCCAUCGAUCGAGCUGCUGCCAGGGAUAAGGACGAGCAAGAGUAGUGACCGCGCGGAGGACUGGUUGGAGCGGAGGGAUAGCAGGAUAAUGGAGGGCGAUCCGGACCCAUACAAGACGCCUCCAGGGAGAGAUGGAAAUGCGUCAAAGCGCAAGUGGAGGGAUCAGAAGGAUGUUGCCAAGACCUCUGAAGACGAAAAGGGAUCAAAGGCGAAAGAGAGGAAGACUUUGGACGACAGAGUGGAGGACGAAGAUGGACGUACCGGGGCGAAAAAGUGA